AUGCUGGAAAAAUCAGUGCCACAGUGCUCGGCGGGCAAUUUGAAUGAAUUGAUGGCCCAGACCGCCAGCUUGUUGGCUGUCAAUGAGCAGCUACGCAAGGAAAUCGCGGAUAACGAGCAAAUCCAUGCGAUGCAACUUCGUGCUCUGAGCACCCAGCCGCCGAGCAACCACAUCACACCAUAUGUGGAUCCAAGACGUCGUGGAGAGCGGCGCAUGCAGAAGCCGGAGUCGUACAAGACUGUCAUCUGUCAGGCUUGGCUUGAAUCGAAAACGUGCACGUUCGCGGAGAACUGCCGUUUUGCGCACGGCGAGGAAGAGCUCCGUCCAUCUUUUAUCGAGCCGCGCCAAAACAACAAGUACAAGACAAAGCUGUGCGACAAGUACACCACCACUGGAUUGUGUCCAUAUGGCAAGCGGUGUCUCUUCAUCCAUCCGGAUCAUGGGCCGAACGCGUACAUCCGCGCUGACAAGCUGUACGAGGUUUCGCAGCGCCACGCUCUUGCGGAUCUUCGUGAUCAAAUGGAGCAGCAUAUCAUGACUGGAGGUCGAAGCACUGUUCCAGAUAUCUCCACGGUCACAAAGCCGUUGGAUGUUAUGGCGAGACCAUCGACACCGGAUGAGCCGGCUGCGAAGAUGCCGUUGGGACCGACGCCAGUGAGCACCCGCGGACCGAAAUACGAGUUGCCACCGAAGAAUGUCCCGGAGGAAGAAGCGGGAAGUCUCCCACCUUCAAGCUGGCCGCUCGACCCAUCUUCAUUCUUCUCACUGGACAAUCUGAACAUGGCGAGUCGUCCAGUCAGUCCAUUCGAGUCGAUGCUCAUUGAAGCUGCAGCCACAGCCGGAGUCUUGCCAUUCACGAUGAUUGGAAAACAGUCAACUCCUGGAGGAGUAUCGGGCUACUCUUCUGCUGGAUCAACUCCAUAUCAGGAUUCCGACACGUCGCCAGAGUCUCUUCUUGCGAAAUCUGUCAUUAACCCGUUGUUGAUUCCACAACGUGAAGAGUUGUACUCUCCAAUGCCCGGAUUCGACAAACUUGCGGAGGAGAUGGCCAAGCAAUUCGAAUUGUGGUGA